AUGUCAACUGCUAUCGAAACAAGUAUUCGACGACGUGACUUGGUGUUUGGAAUCGCGUUUAUAACACGUCUUUUACUUUUUCAGUUUUCUGAAGUAACGGAUAUAUUAGCGAGUAGGGUAGAAGUUGUCACGCCAAUUACAAGUUUCACGAGACUUACCGAAGGUCUCUACCUAUUUCAAAAUGGUGUUCCACCUUAUGACGGCGGUGUUUUUCAUCAAGCACCACUCUUAUUAGCGUUUUUUCAGCCGCUAAGCUACCUUCCAGAUCAAUUCACUUCCUUAAUAUAUAUAUUGAUUGAUCUCUUGCUGGCGUAUCUCUUGAGUCAAAUUUCACGAAUAAAACAGCAAUUGUAUAAAGAUUUGCCACGUGUUGAUGAUAUUGAAUUAAUUGAUGAUAAUAAAAAUGAAGAAGAGGAGUCAAGUUGGGUUGUAGCUGGAUUAUAUCUUUUUAACCCAUUUACGAUAGCGACUUGUUUAUCAAAAUCUACAAUAACAUUUACUAAUUUGUCGAUUGCAUUGGGAACUUUUUAUUCUCUUAAAGGAAAUAAAAUUCACGGGUGUUUCUGGAUUGCGAUGGCAACGUAUUUAAGUUUUUAUCCAUUAAUGCUCAUAAUACCGAUAACAAUGUUAUUGGUAAAUUCUGGAAAAAUUAUGUCUCGAACUCCACCUCAACAAGAAUCAUUUUCUUCAUCUUCAUCAAAAUCAAUUACAAUUUCGAAAAAGAUCGAGAUUGCACAGUGUAUAAUACUGUAUAUUGGAUGGUUAGCAGUAUUAUUACUUUUGUCGUUUAUCUUGGUUGAGUCUUGGGAUUUUUUGGAGGCCACCUAUGGUGUCAUUCUUCUUUUGCCAGACCUAACCCCAAAUAUCGGUGGUAUAAUGGCUGUGUUUAAAUCAUACCCAUCAAUUGGUGACGCGUCUUUCUAUCUCGGAUUUUUACCGAUAUAUUCGGAAAUUGUAAAAUACAUGCGAUACAACUUUUUCACCACAAAUAUAUUCCUCUAUUCGUCAUUAUUAGCGCCGAUUUUCUAUCAUUUAUGGAUAUACGCUGGAAGCGGAAACGCCAAUUUCUUUUAUGCAAUCACACUAGUAUAUAGUGUUGGUAAUAUCAUAUUGUUGGUGGACGCGACAUUUGCAAUGUUACGACGUGAAUUUGAUGUUUGGAAUCCAAAGUUACGGUAUUGCGAGGUCACGCAACGUUAG